AAAAACGUCUAAAACAUGAACAAGGGUCGAUAAAAUACGACUGACAGCGCGUAAGCGAAAAGUGUGUGGGGAAAUUUUCGCGAUGCAUGAAAAAGAUCGCAAGUGAUAUUAAAUAAAAUGUUUUGAUCUCAAAAUAUCAAAUCUCCAGUGUGUUUAGUUUGUAAUUAUAAUGCAAUAGCAGUUGUGUCGUACAAGUAAUUAUAUGGGCGAUACAAAAAGCAUCCACGAUGCAAUGACUUCGAAUAGCAGCAGCAACAGCAAUCUAGCAGUGCUGAAUCCCGUUGUUCGAUCCUCCAGUGUUCUUUCGACUUCCGACAGUCCACAGUCUGUGGCAGCCACAGCAACAGCAAAUUCAACACUUACUACACUAUCAAUAUCAACAGCAACAGCAUCACCACCAGCAGUAGCAGCAGCAGCAGUAGAGUUAAGUAACACCUCCACAAACUCCGCCGUUCGAAGCACUUCCAAUACAUCUAAUGUAACUGAUAAGUCGGACGAUAAUCUUGACUCGUGUAGCAAGUCAAGUGAUAGUGGCAAUUUGUUGGCCGUCAGUGAUAGUCUUUCUUGCACCGGCAGCAGCAGCACUAAGCAGGACAAAAGUUUAGAUAAAACCGGUAAAAGUCAGAAAAAUCUCACAGAGCGUGCGAAGAAAACACCUUGGUAUAAUGCAAUUUAUCCCUCCUAUAAAUCACGAACCGAGGACUUCAAAAAAUUGUUCAAGGAUGUGCCGACUGACGAUGACCGCCUAAUUGUUGACUAUUCUUGUGCUAUACAAAAGGAUAUCUUGGUGCACGGUCGGUUGUAUGUUACACAAAAUUUUCUUUGCUUUCACGCCAACAUUAUAGUGUGGGAAACUCGACUAUCGAUUCGCUGGAAAGAAGUCACAUCGAUUACCAAGGAGAAAACCGCUCGAGUCAUUCCAAAUGCUAUCCUGGUCUGCACGGACAAUGAUAAGCAUUUUCUUACAUCGUUUACGUCACGUGACAAGACGUAUUUGAUGCUUUUUCGAGUGUGGCAGAAUGCGUUGAUGGAAAAACCUAUAAACCCGCAGGAAUUGUGGCAGUGGGUACAUACUUGUUACGGAGAUCAACUCGGUCUAACCAGUGACGACGAAGACUACAUCGACCCGUACGAUCAAACUUGCGAGAGUAUCAACAUUUCCAAGCAGUCCUCCGAGGAACUGCCUAAAGAAACAAACGACUGUUCGGACGAAUCUGGUAGCAUCAUGGUUGCAAAAGAAACCAAAUUAACUAAAAAGCCGUCGCUGCCGAAGGCAACCUUCAGCCCGGAAAGCACUCUAUCAACCCCAUCGGAAUUGCUCCCUACGGACAUGUCCGAUUCAACCGAGUCGGAAAAAGAGGAAGAAUUCUUCGCUGGUGUCGAGUGCAAUUCGUUGCACUCUGGACGCCAGCUGGUGCAUACUAUUCUUCCAAUCAAUGUGGACAUAUUGUUUGAAUUGCUUUUCUCGAAGUCAAAAUUUCUCACUGAAUUUCACAACACUCGUAAAACUACAGAUAUGAUACACGGAGAAUGGAAGGUUAACAAAGAAGGCCUCAAGGAGCGGGUCGUUUGUCUGACUAUUGCUAUUACGCAAACAAUUGGACCGCGAAGUGCCCAAGUAACAGAGACCCAAGUUAUGCGAGAUUGCAGUAAGCCUGGACAGUUGUAUUCGAUUGACGUUAAUGCCGUUCAAGGGGGUAUUCCCUAUGCGGACAGUUUCUAUGUAACGCAACACUAUUGCAUGUCUCGGACAAAGGACGAUCAUACCGUCCUGUCGGUUCACGCGCAAAUUCACUACAAAAAGAAUAUAUUCGGCUUCGUUCGAGGCUUCAUCGAGAAAAAUACCUGGGUUGGGCUGGAGGAUUUCUACAAUGCUCUGUUGCGAAACUUGCAAAGUGAAUAUUGCAUACCCCCGGCUAAGAGUAAAAGCCGACGAUCUCGAAAGUCUACAUCUUCUCAGCACACCAAGCUUGGGUCGAUGGAUGAGCCACUAUUACGGACCGCUCCGCUACCGGCAUCCGCGAUUGCAACGGGAGUUACUAGAGUAGCACGAAAACGCAGCGGCGGUUCGCGUACCUUCUUCUCGUGGUUUGUGGUGAUACUGUUGGUAAUUCUUCUCUCAAUUAACGUGGCCCUCUAUAUGAAAUUGUUGAAUCUGGAAGAAGAAAACGAGAGUCUCUUUCGUAGCAGCAGCGGUAGCGAUAGUAUGCUGGAUAGGAAAAUCCUGCAGAAUCCACCGCUAACCCAUGCCGAUUGGCUUUCGCUGCUGCACGAACAGGAAGCGAAGCACGCCAAGGAAAUGAUCAAGUGGCAACAUGUGCUGAAUACGGUUACGGAUCUCCUUAAAAAGGUUAGCACCAUCUGCGAAAAUAUUCCCGGUAAUGUUUCACAAAGUGAUCAACCUGUUAUCCGCAAUGACGAAUUGUAGAAUCAAUAAAAUUGGUAUUGUUUAGUAUUUCUCUAGUAUCUAUUUAGAAAAUAGCGAA